AUGGCAGAAGGUAUUUAUGGGAACCAACUUAAUUCUUUGCGUUGCACCAUGGGGAAUCUGCCAUGGCUGAUAGGUGGUGACUUUAAUGUCAUCCUAAAUCCUGAGGAAAACUCGGUUAGUGUUAGUUCUCCGACCCUGGCUGACAUUUCUGAUUUUUGGAAUUGUGUGGAAAAUCUGGGGAUUUUUUAUCAUCCUUACAUUGGUCCCCUAUUCACAUGGUCGAAUAAGCAGCAUGAUGCCUAUUUAGCCCGCAAGCUUGAUCGUGUUCUGAUAAAUCCUAUAUGGAUUGAUGCUUUUCCUGAUUCAGUUGUGGAGUUUCAGGCCUCUGGUGACUCAGACCAUUGCCCUGCAUUUCAACCAAUUGAUGGAAACCCAACUCAUAUUUUGUUCCAAAAACUGAAACGGUUGAAAUGUUCUCUCAAGGCUUUCAAUAGAGUCAAUUUCAAUGAUAUUUCGAAUAAGGUAACGCAGAAAAGAGAUGAACUGUUGAGUAUUCAGCUUGCAAAUCUUAACUUGGGUUCUGUUGGCAUCAACAUUAACAGUGAACUCCAAGCUGAGAGAGAGCUGAAAUACCUGGAAGAGGCUGAGUUGCUUUUUUACAAGUAA